UGCCUCUGGUCGACUCCUCACUCCCGCCCCUCCACUUGCCCUCUCAUACACGCCACUGCUUUCUCCUCUCGUUUCAGCCCUCUCAUCUCCCUCACACCCCCACCGCCUCUCCACACUCACUCCCACACUCACUCCCACACCCACUCCCAUUCCAACUCCCACCCCCACCCCCAUCACCACACACACCCCCACCUCCAACCCUCCCUCUCUUCCUCCACACCUUUGGCGCAGGCGAACCCGUGGCGGGGAGCAGGAGUGGCGAUCCCAGUGUUCUCCCUGCGCUCCAAGGAGAGUGUGGGCGUGGGCGAGUUCGCGGACCUGCGUCUGCUAGUGGACUUUGCACACAGUGCAGGUCUGCGCCUGGUGCAGCUACUGCCUGUCAAUGACACCUCUGUCAAUGACAUGUGGUGGGACUCCUACCCGUACAGUUCGCUCUCGGUGUUCGCCCUGCAUCCGCUCUACCUGCGACUGCAAGCUCUCGCCCCCAACCUGCCUGCGCAAAUCCAGGCGGAGAUAGAGAGUGCAAGGGCGGCGUUGGACAAGGAAGCAGUGGACUACGAUGCCACCAUGAGCACGAAGCUGCGCAUCGCACGGGCCGUCUUCCAGUGGGACGGUGACCGCCUGCUCGCCUCCCAGCCCUUCAAGGACUACUUCCACGAGAACCAGGACUGGCUGAAGCCGUAUGCGGCGUUUAUGUUCCUGAAGAAGCUCUUCGGCACAGCGGACCACACGCAGUGGGGCACACUCGCCAACUACUCGCAGGAGCAGGUGGAUCGCAUAGUGGCGCCAGGCACAGACUACUACGCCACCAUCGCAUUCACAUACUACGUGCAGUACCACCUGCACGUGCAGCUCCUGGACGCGGCAUCAUACGCGCACGAGCGCCACGUGGUGCUCAAGGGCGACCUGCCCAUCGGUGUGGACCGCUGCAGCGUGGACACGUGGCGCUUCCGCUCGCUCUUCCACAUGGACACGUCCACGGGCGCCCCGCCCGACGCGUUCUCGUCGGAGGGGCAGAACUGGGGCUUCCCCACCUACAACUGGGAGGCCAUGGGCAGGGAUAACUACGCCUGGUGGCGCGCACGGCUCACACAGAUGGCCAAGUACUUCAGUGCGUACCGCAUAGACCACAUCCUGGGCUUCUUCCGCAUCUGGGAGCUCCCUGACCAUGCCGUCUGCGGCAUUCUCGGCCACUUCCGCCCCUCCAUCCCCAUCUCCGCGGAGGAGAUGGAGAAGGAGGGCGUGUGGGACUUCAACCGCCUGUGCGACCCUUACGUGCGCUGCCACCUGCUGCAGGAGAAGUUUGGCCAACGGUGGGCAGAGAUCGCCUCCAAGUUCUUUGAGGAGUAUCAGCACCUCUGCUACAGGUUCAAGAAGGAGUACGACACAGAGAAGAAGAUUGUGGCAGCUGUGCAACCCAGAGAGGGCUCGCCAGAGUGGCUGGAGGAGGAGGCCAAGGAGACCCGCAAAGGCCUGCUCUCACUCUUCCAGAGCGUGGUGUUGAUCCGCACGCAGGACGAUCCGCGCAAGUUCUACCCGCGCUUUGACUGCGAGAAGACUGCCAGCUUCAUGGAGCUCGAUGAACACACCAAGGCGGUGGUGAAGAGGUUGUACCUGGACUACUACUACUCUCGGCAGGAGACUCUGUGGCGCAGCAACGCGCUCAAGACGCUGCCCGUGCUCAUGAACGCCUCCGACAUGCUGGCCUGUGGGGAGGACCUGGGCCUCGUCCCUGCCUGCGUGCCGCCCGUGCUGGCGGAGUUGGGGCUACUGGGGCUGCGCAUUCAGCGCAUGGCCACCAAGAUAGGCCAGGACUUUGGCAACCCUGCAGAAUACGACUACAUGACGGUGUGUGCGCCGUCGUGUCAUGACACGUCAACGCUGCGCGCAUGGUGGGAGGAGGAGCCCGAGAGGCGUCACAAGUUCUUCCGCUCCGUGCUCGGCUUCAGCUCGCCUGCUCCCGACCGGUGUACACCGGAUGUGGCGAGGGCCAUUAUCCAGCAGCACUGCGAUGCUCCGAGCGUGUGGGCCAUAUUCCCCCUGCAGGACCUGAUGGCGUUGAGGGAGGAGUAUUUGACACGCCCAGCCAACGACGAGACCAUCAACGACCCCACCAACCCUCGCCACUACUGGCGAUUCCGGGUGCACGUGCGGCUGGAGGACCUGGUAACGGACUCAGCGCUCAUCACGAGCCUACAGCACAUGCUGCUGGCCAGCGGGCGCACGGCCCCUGCAGACCUGCCCGACCGCUACCGGUCGUCUGCUGUGGACUUCCUGGCGCACUCUGUGGGCAGCCUCAGCCUCUCCCACCCCCCCGCCACUCUCGGCGCCGCUCCCUCCCCGCUGCUCGCUCUCUCGCUUGGACCCAUUCCUUGA